AUGGCAUCACCAAGUAAAUUUAAAGUUUUGGUUCUGCCUGGUGAUAAUUGUGGACCAGAAGUUACUAAGGAGGGUGUAAAAAUUUUAAAAACUAUUUCGAAUAUUAGAAAUGGUAUAGAAAUUGAAAUAAAAGAAGAAAAAAUUGGUGGUUGUGCCAUUGAUGCUACAGGUAACCCGCUUCCAGAUGUUACUUUAAAAGCGGCAAAAGAGGCCGAUGCAAUUCUUUUAGGAGCUGUUGGUGGACCACAAUGGCCAAAACCAAUUGAUCCAAAUGAUGCAUCAAAAGGCGUAGGACCAAGGCCUGAACAAGGUUUACUCGAUAUUCGUAAAUCUUUAGAUUUAUUUGCAAAUUUAAGGCCUUGUUCAUUUGCAAGUGACGCUUUAAUUGCUCAUUCUCCUUUAAAAGAAAGUGUUGUUAAAGGGACUGAAUUUAUUAUUGUUCGCGAAUUGGUUGGUGGUAUUUACUUCGGGGAAAGAAAAGAACAGGAUGAAAGUGGCCAAGCUAUGGAUACUCUUCCUUAUUCAGUUGAAGAGGUAAAAAGAGUAACGCGCUUAGCAGCUCAUCUUGCAUUAGAGAAAAGUCCUCCCGCAACAAUACAUUCUUUAGAUAAAGCCAAUGUUUUAGCUACAUCGAGACUUUGGCGUCGUGUAGUAACUGAAACGCUGGAAAAAGAAUUUCCGAAAGUUCCAUUUAAACAUCACUAUAUUGAUGCUGCAGCAAUGUUUUUAGUGAAAAAUCCAACUACUUUAAACGGGAUUGUACUUACAGAAAAUUUGUUUGGUGAUAUUCUAAGUGAUGAAGCGAGUGUUAUUCCUGGUAGUCUUGGUUUAUUACCUUCAGCAAGUUUAAAUGGACUUCCUGACGGCAAAAGUAAAUGUCUUGGACUUUAUGAACCAAUUCAUGGAUCUGCACCUGAUAUAGCAGGAAAAGGAAUCGUCAAUCCUAUUGCGACAAUUCUUAGCAUUGCAAUGAUGUUAAAGUAUUCUUUAAACCUUCCUAAGGAAGCUAAAGCAAUUGAAGAUGCUGUGCGUAAAGUUUUAGAUGAUGAAGAAUUUGGUGGCUUUGGUUAUCGUACAAAAGACUUAUCCGGUAAUAAAACCACUUCUGAAGUUGGUGAUAAAGUAUGUGAAGUUCUUGAAGGUUUCUUGGAGGGUCUUAAUGCUGAAGAUCGCAUUUCGCCUCGUGGUUUUCUUUCACAGAGACCACCUGGUAGACGUGGCAUGACCAUUUGUGAGAAAACAAUUACUCAUGCGGCAAUUGGUCUUCCAUCGCCUGGUCAUGUGAAACCCGGAGAUAUGGUUUGCGUUUCAGUUGAUUGGACUUUAGCUUCGGAACUUACUUGGAAGGGAAUGGAAAAAACCUUUAAUAUUAUGGGAAGACCAAAUAUUUUUCGAAAUGAUAGGUUUUGGCUUGCUAUUGAUCACACGGUGGAUCCUCGCAUUAAUCAUCUUCCAAAACCUGCUGGGCUAAUCAAAGCAAGUGAAAAUUUUGCUAAAGAAGCCAAACUUGUAGACUUUUAUAAACCUAACCAUACUAUUUUGCAUACGGAAUUUUAUCGUGAAAGAGCCCAACCAGGUCAAAUGAUUAUUGGAGCUGAUUCUCAUAGUUGUUCUGCGGGUGCGGUUAGUGCUUUCGCUGUUGGAUUAGGGGCUGCGGAUGUAGUUAUGCCUUUAGUCACGGGAGAAACUUGGUUUAAAGUUCCUGAAACAGUUGAAAUUAAAUUUAUUAAUAAACCGCCUUUUGGUAUUGGCGGUAAAGAUACUAUUCUUUAUGUUCUUGGAGAACUUAAACGUAAUACGGUGGCCUUCGAGAGAGCUGUUGAAUAUACAGGACCUGGAUUAAAAUAUCUUUCGUGUGAUGCAAGAUUUGCUAUUUCUAAUAUGGCAACAGAAUUUGGCGGUAUAGCUGGUGUAUGUGAGGGAGAUGAAAUUACUGCUGCAUUUAUAGCAAAACGUAAAAAUCCAGCUCAUAAAAAUUCGGCUUUAUAUUUCCGCGCAGAUCCUGAUGCACAAUAUGCUGAGACUCAUAUUAUUGAUUUAUCAAAAGUUGAUUCACUUAUUGCUUUAUAUCCAUCACCUGAUGAUGUUGUGCCUGUUAAAAAAAAGAAAGGAAUGAAAUUAGAUGGUGUUUUUAUUGGUGCUUGUACAACUGCUGAAGAAGAUUUAAUUUUAGCUGGUUUAGUACUUGAGCAAGGUCUAAAGAAAGGUUUAAGACCUUCUAUUAAUGGUAUAAGAAAAUGUACUCCUGGUAGUUUACCCAUUAUUGCUAAAUUGAGGAGGUUGGGGUUGUUAAAAUUUUACGAACAAGCCGGAUUCGAAAUCGGUGCCCCGGGCUGUUCUUACUGUAUUGCUGUUGCUGCAGAUCAUGCUGGUGAAGGAGAAGUUUGGUUAAGCAGUCAAAAUCGUAAUUUUAGAAAUCGUAUGGGUAAAGGAGCUAUUGGUAAUUUGGCUUCAGCUGCUACUGUAGCAGCUUCUUCAUUUGAAAUGGAAGUUCGUGAUCCACGAGACUUAAUUGAUGCCAUCGAUAAAGAGAAAUAUCAAGAAUGUUUAGGACAAUGGCUUGAUCCCGAAAUAUCUAUUAAAAUUUCUGAACCAAAUCCUAUUCUUUCCGAUCCAUCAAACAUAACAGAUUCAUCAUCGGAUUUACCAUCACAACCAACAUCAUUUUCGGCAAGUAUAAAAGGGAAAGUUCAAAGAUUUGAAGAUAAUGUUGAUACUGAUGCUAUUAUACCAGCACAAUUUAUGCCUGGUACAAGUGAUGAAGAUUUAGGUAGUCAUGCAUUUCAAUAUGUUAAACCUGAUUUCGUACAAAAAGUUAAAGAAGGUUACAGUGUUGUCGUUGGAGGUUCUGGAUUUGGUAGUGGCAGUAGUAGAGAAGAAGCUCCUAGAGCUUUAAAAGGUGCAGGAGUUAAAGUUGUUAUUGCUAAAAGUUAUGCCUAUAUUUAUAGUAGAAAUCAGCCAAAUAUGGCACUUUUAGGUAUUACGAUAAAUAACGAUGAAUUUUAUACACUUGCACAAGAAGGGGUUGAAGUCGAAGUUGAAGUAAAAGAUCGUAAAGUAAUUUGUUGUGGUAAAGAAUUUAAAUUUGAGUUGUCUUUAAUGGAAGAAAAGUUAAUCGCUGCUGGAGGUGUAACAGAAAUGUAUCAAAAAUAUGGUGCAAGAUUGUUUAGAGCCGCUGUUGCACCCGAAGGUAGUUUAGGCGGAGGUUGUGGCAGUGAAGCUUCAAAAGAAGGUGGUGGUGAUGGUUGUGGUACUGAUUCUAGAGAAUUGACUUGGUAA